AUGGGAAACAAACCAGGAGUGAUGCGCGAGAAGCCGGUGCAUGCACCGCAAAAAGUGGCCAACAAGGUUCGCGUCAAGGGGCUCGAGCACACCAACAAGCUGCCGACCGUGCUGCCGAAGCGCCAGUGCAAGCUGCGCUACUUGCGCCAAUGGCGUGUUCACGAUUGGGUGAUGCUCGAACAGGAAUACAUCAAGAGGAAGAACCUGAAGCGCCCCCUCGAGACGACCAAGCGGGAGGAGCGGAAGAAGGUGUCCGACCUGCGCGGUGCUCCAACGGCUCUCGCCCGAAUCCACGAAAUGUUCCGGGACGAGACGCACGCCGUCGUUGUGCUGGAGGGCAUGAAGAGCGAGUGGUACGUGCCGAUCCUCUCCAUCGUCGACAAGGACAUGCUCCACGUCAACGCCCUCGUCAUGGUCAAGCUGAAGAAGGGGAUCACGUCGGACGGGACGACCGUUGUCUCUCGAAUGCCCCUUGCUGUCGUCGGCGUCAUCGAUGAGAAGAUCGACACCAAGGCCCUCGGCCACAAGAUCGAAAAGGCACCCCCGGAGAGCUACGACGACAUCGGAGGCUGCGAGCAGCAGAUCCAGGAGAUCAAGGAGUCUGUCGAGCUGCCCCUCACCCAUCCCGAGUUCUAUGAGGAGAUGGGCAUCCAGGCCCCGAAGGGUGUCAUCCUCUACGGCGAGCCGGGCACCGGAAAAACGCUGCUCGCCAAGGCCGUCGCCCACCACACGCUCGCCACCUUCAUCCGCGCCACCGGCUCCGACCUCAUCCAGAAACAAUCCGGCGAGGGGGCCAAGCUCGUCCGCGAGAUCUUCAAGGUGGCCAAGGAGUGCGCCCCGUCGAUCAUCUUCUUUGACGAGAUCGACGCCGUUGGCACCAAGAGGCACGACACAUCUUCUCGCGGUGAGCAGGAAGUGCAGCGCACGCUGCUCGAGCUCCUCAACCAGCUGGACGGCUUCGACAACCGCGGUGACGUGAAGGUGAUCAUGGCCACGAACAGGAUCGACUCGCUCGACCCCGCCCUCAUCCGACCGGGUCGCAUCGAUCGCAAGAUAGAGUUCCCCAAGCCUGAUGAGAAGACGCGGCUGAAGAUUUUCCAAAUCCACGCCGGCGCCAUGCACUUUAACAAGGACGUCAAGCUGGAGGAGCUGUUGGCUCGGGAGCGAGAUCUGUCUGGCGCCGACAUCAAGGCCAUCUGCACCGAGGCUGGCAUGCUUGCCCUGCGACAUCAGCGGAAGAUGGUGUGCCGCGAAGACUUCGAGAAGGCCAUCGACACGGUCCGCGGCGCGCGCAAAGCCGGAGCACCCGAAGAAUUUUUCGUC